ACAAUAUGUCCCCAGCAGAACCCGAGGAGGCGCUGGCACCGCUGAGGGGACGAGGGCGCUUUUUCCCGGCCGGUGGCGGCGGGGCGGGACCCGGGAGGACGGAGGGAAGGAGCCGGCAGAGGGGCAUCCCGAGGAGGCAUCCCGGCGCGGUCCAUCCCGUCCCUGUCCAGUUUGCUGCCUCCCAUCGCGGCCCGCUGCCGCCGCCGCGGGCCAUGGGCCGGCCCGACUGAGAGCCCGCGGGGACCGGCCCGCAGCCCGCCCGGUGCUGCCCGGAGCGCCGGCGGCCGAGGCGGGGCCGCAGCGGCCCUGGCGCGGGGGAAGAUGCCCUCCGCGGGGCGGACGGCGGGCGUUCUCCUUCUCUGCGGGGCUGCCUUUGGUCUCUACUCCCCCAGGAAAGAGUACUUUGAGAACGUCUACAUUGAUCAGCCAGCAGGUACGCCGCUCCUGCGCAUCCACGCCUUGAGGGAUUCACACGGGGAAGUGGCCCGCUUUCGUCUGUGCCAGAAUCUCAUCAUUUCUCGAGUAAGACACCUUGAAAAUCAUUGGUUUCAAAUCAGAGAAAAAACAGGACUUCUCUACCUCAGCAAAAGCCUGGAUAGAGAGGACUUUAACAUGCUGUCUGUAGGAAACUGGAUGCCAUUACCAAAGGUGAGGCUGCAUGUCUUCCUUUCAUCUCACCCUUUCCAAGAGAAGGAAUGUGACUCUGCUACGUGCCCCAAGUGCCCCACGAUUUUCCUCUCCUUGAUCAAUGCUACUGCACCGGCUUGCAGUUCCCUGACAGCAAGGCAGCUUUGCUUCACAGAAAUGGAUCUCUCCUUUCACAUCAAGGAGAAUAAACCACCUGGCACAUUUCAUCAGCUCCAGUUACCCUCAGUUCAUCAUCUGUGUCAGAAUCUCAGCAUUUCCUACAAACUGCUGGCAGCUGAAGGUAUGCCCUUUCGAUACAAUGAGAACACCACCGGCGUGAGUGUGACGCAGCGCCUAGAUCGAGAAGAGAGAGAGAGAUACGAGCUGAUUGCCAAAUGCACCGUGAGAGAGGGCUUCAGGGAAAUGCAGGUUGAGGUGCCCUUCCUGGUGAACGUGUUAGACGAAGAUGACUCUCCUCCCUUCCUUCCCAAUGGUACUGACACUGCAGAUGCUGUCGUGGAGUUCAACAGGAAAGAGGGAACUGUCCUUGCAACGCUAACCGUAUACGAUGCAGACACCACACCUGUUUAUCCCCCUGAAAGCAGAAAGAAAUACACAGGAACCAUCAUUACCGACGAUCCCUGGAUAAGUGAAACAUUUCGAGUAGAGCACGUCUUUGAUGAAAUCCACUUCAGCCCAAAUGGCAGCCAAGUGAGGGGAACUCGGCAUGAGUACAAACUGGUGCUGAAUAAAAACAUUUCAGUCACAGAGCAUCGUUCCUUCCAGUUGGAUGUUUUGGUGAAUGACACAGAAUUUCAUGGCCCAGAAAGAUCGGUGAUGCUUCAUUUCAAUGUCUCCAUCCUCCCCGUCAGCAUUCAGUUUCCAAACAUGACUUACCAGUUCACAGUGAACAGAAAUGCUGAACGUUUUGCACAAAUAGGAAAAAUCUGCAUUGAAAACUGUAUGAAAUUCCAUGGUGUGAACUUCACCUACAAGUUACUGUCCCCCAACGGAAGCUGCUAUCCUGUCAGCAUAGUUCAAGGCCAAGAAGGCAAAUGGGGAAGCCUUUAUGUGAACGAUUCCGCUGUGCUACGCAGACCUGAAUGCAAGGAAAUACAAUACACUAUUCAAGCUACCGACAAGCAGAGCAGGAAACAUACCAAAACCCUCCUCACUAUUGUAUUGGAAGGAACUCUUUUAAAAAAAGAGGAGGACUGCCCUAACUCUUGUGCCGUGAGCAAGCACCGUGCUGAAUGUGAAGAGUGUGGUGGUCUGGGAGUGCUGACAGGAAGAUGCCAGUGGAGACAGGGGAGUGGAAAAGGGAUCACCACAAACUAUUCCACGUGCACCCCGAGUAUCAAGACUUGUCCGGAUGGCACCUGUGAUGCGAUUGAGAACAAAGAUCCAGCUGUGUGCCCCCAGGACUGCACAAGUGGAAAUGUUAUUGGUGGUCAUGGGAAAGGCACUGGCAAUCUUGGAAUUAAGUCAGGACACGGGAUUUGUUACUGCUUCCCAAGACAGAACUGUUAUUGUGAGAAAGAUGAUAUCACGGAGCAACUAUGUGAUGAGGUGUGCAAGACUGUGAUAGCAGGGGCAGUGCUGCUGUCCUUCAUCAUCUCCGUGCUGCUUUCCUCCUAUUUCAUCCAUCGUUACCACAAGAAUUCUCCAAAGCCACCUAUUGCCUCUGCAGAAAUGACGUUCCGGCGCCCAGCCCAGUCCUACCCCAUCAGUUAUUCUUCCACUAACGUCCGCCGGCCUUCUUUAGAUUCCAUGGAGAACCAGGUGUCUGUAGACACCUUUAAAAUACCAGAAGAUCCAAAGUGGGAAUUCCCUCGGAAGAACCUGGUUCUGGGCAAGACUCUUGGCGAAGGAGAAUUUGGAAAGGUCGUUAAGGCAACAGCAUUCCGACUCAAGGGAAGAGCUGGCUAUACCACUGUGGCAGUGAAAAUGCUGAAAGAAAAUGCUUCCCAGAGCGAGCUGCGAGAUCUACUUUCAGAGUUCAACCUUUUGAAGCAGGUGAACCAUCCUCAUGUCAUCAAACUUUAUGGAGCGUGCAGUCAAGAUGGCCCGCUGUAUUUAAUUGUGGAAUAUGCUAAAUAUGGCUCCUUGCGCAGUUUUCUCAGGGAAAGUCGAAAAGUAGGACCCAGCUACGUGGGUAGUGAUGGCAACAGAAAUUCAAGUUAUUUGGAUAACCCUGAUGAGAGAGCCUUAACAAUGGGAGAUCUGAUCUCAUUUGCGUGGCAGAUAUCCCGGGGAAUGCAGUACCUUGCAGAAAUGAAGCUUGUCCAUCGUGAUUUAGCAGCCAGAAAUGUAUUGGUGGCAGAAGGGCGCAAAAUGAAGAUUUCCGAUUUUGGCCUCUCCCGUGAUGUAUAUGAAGAAGAUUCAUAUGUCAAGAGGAGUAAGGGUCGGAUACCUGUUAAAUGGAUGGCCAUAGAGUCCCUGUUUGAUCAUAUCUAUACAACACAAAGUGAUGUGUGGUCAUUUGGGGUUUUGCUAUGGGAGAUUGUAACUUUGGGAGGCAACCCCUACCCAGGUAUUGCUCCCGAAAGACUCUUUAAUCUCCUAAAAACAGGCUAUAGAAUGGAGAGGCCAGAAAACUGCAGUGAAGAAAUGUACAACCUGAUGUUGCGCUGUUGGAAGCAAGAACCCGAUAAAAGACCAACAUUUGCUGAGAUCAGCAAGGAACUAGAGAAGAUGAUGGUGAAGAGUAGGGACUACUUAGAUCUUGCGGCUUCCACACCUUCUGAUUCCUUACUUUAUGAUGAUGGGCUCUCAGAAGAGGAGACACCACUCGUGGACUGUAAUAAUGCUCCCCUCCCUCGAACCCUCCCUUCCACAUGGAUUGAAAACAAACUCUAUGGCAUGUCAUACCCGAACUGGCCUGAGGAGAGCCCCGUUCCACUCACAAGAUUCGAUGGCACUAACUCUGUGUUUUCAAGAUAUGCAAAUGAUAGUGUAUAUGCUAACUGGAUGGUUUCACACUCAGCGGCAAAAUUUAUGGACAAGUUUGAUAGCUAGAAUUUUCUUUGUGAAAGGUAAUGGAUUCCUGAGGGGAACAGAGAUGCAAAGAAUGGAAAGUCCAUUGGCUCGUUCUUUGUACAAUCAACAACUAACUUUUAAAUUGGCAAACCCUUUUAUUGGUAGUUUCUAAAGUGUGUUGUUCAUGCUGAAGACUAUAAUUGGUGAUUUCCCCUUUCAGAAAACACGUCAAGCGGGAUAAGAGUUGUAGUUCCAGUACUUCUUUCUAGAUUGCCAUUUUGCAUAUGGUUCCAUUUGGCACCUUCUUACUGCAAAUGGCCUCUCACUUCAUUCUCGCUGGUUUUUAGACUAACCAUCCUGUGUUACAGCUUUCUUGGAUGGGAAAAUGUACUUGAACUGCUACUUUAUAGUGGCUGUUAGCGUACGACCACUUGAUCUAAGUAGGAAGCACAAACAAUAUAUGGAAGGGAGGGGGGAAAUAGGCGCCCAAGUUACUGAGCUGACUGUCAAAUGACAAGUGUUACAAUGAUCUUGGCACUAACAAAGCCUGUAUCUUGGGUUGGAAGCAAACAUUAACUCAAGAGAGGACUUGAGAUUCAAGAUUUGAAGUCUUGUAAAAUGUGUUGUCUUGUCUUAAUGAGAAGAGAGUUUGUCUUAUUAGUCUUAACUUCUCGUACCUUUAGCACAAUGGAGAUAAAUUUGAUACAAGAUAAGCUGUAUGGCAAUCAAGAGUGUUCAUCUGACACUAUUUACUUUCCAUCACCUACAUCUUACUGAUUUUAAAAUGUACAACCUUGUACAAUUGUAAUUCCUCUUCUGAGUUCAAAAUAGACUGUACAGCAUUUUUAGAUUGGAUUCGAGUAAGGAGAUUUUGUUUGCAGUCAUGUUCAGUGGGUUGGAGUCCUCCUCUCAGCUCCGAAUUGGAUACACUGCCAUGCACAGGACACUGCCAUGACAUAACUCCAAGUAAACCUACUACCUUGAAAGUCAUGAGUAAACAACACUUGCACAGCAAAAUUGGUCCAAAACUCUAGUGGUAAUGAAACUAUACAAGGAAGAUCUCAUCAGAAUUUGUUAAGGUGAAAUAUAAAAAUGUUGUGCUUACAACACUGACUUAUAUUUGGGAAAACGAUCAGACUGUGGGUUGUGUUCUAUGUGGAAGAGUAAAUGAUCAGCGCUACUUUUGUCUUUAUUUGUAAUCUAAUAUGGUUAAAGAUAACUUUUUGUUUGCUACAAAUGUUGGGACGUAAAUCCCAAGUGACUCGUUGUUAGCGUUGUGACGGUUAUUCUAAAUAAUCCAAUUCUACCAAAGCUUGCUCCUGUCACUUACGAUCCAGUUUAGCUGUUUUCAGAUGUUGUUUUGUGUAUCAACUUUAUGUUUCCAUUAAAGUCUGUGAUUUCAGAAACAAGAGAGUCAGACUGCCAAAACCUGAACACAGAUUUUCAUUUUACAAAAAGUGGGAUAUGAAGCGCUGUGUUGGAAUUUAAACACCUUCACUGUUGGAUAUCAUAUCUGAUCCUGUCCUGGUUGUGGACGAGCACUAAACAGAAUGACUUUUUCUUGGUACAAACAUUUGCUGUGUUGUAUAAUGCUUAUAUGCAGUAAACAGAUACAGCUAUGUAUACAGAAGGGGUUCAGUUGUGAUAUAAUGGUGAUCCGCACUGCCACGACACAACUGUCAGAGUGCAUACUUUAAAAUAAAUGGCACUGAAAAUUAAGCCCAUUAUAUGGGCUUUUUUUUCCUAUUGAGAGAACUAUGAAAAAAGAAGAGAAAAAUGGAACUUGUGGUAACUUCUUGCUUUUUCCAGUCCUUUUCCCAUAUUUUAUGUCUGUAAAUGGGAAUUCUUUAUUUGCCAUGAGCAAUCAAGGCAUCAAGAUUUUUGGUUUGGGUUUUUUUUUUUAAUUCUUCCUUAAACUAAGAAAUUCUUUUUACCAGCUAUCUUCAGCAACAAUAUUCAACUGGGAGAUGUGAAGUACCCAGUUUCUAACCUGAAAAGCCCUGCGACAACGUUGCUGUGCAGUAGGUGAGUGAGAUAGUAAGUGAUGCUGAAAUAACCAGUGGAUGCAGAAAGUACUGUGUGUUUUAGACUUCCAGUAUGAGUCAAUGUUGUUUCAGACAUUAAUUCCUGUGAAAAAUUUCACUAACAGUUAUUGUCACCUAUGUUACCAGACAUAGAUUCUGCAUAUAAAAUAAAUAGACAGUUCAUAAUUAUAGUCGCCAUACACAACUACCUGCAUUAAGUGCAGCUUAGUGACAAAUUCGUAACAAGUGUUUCCCAAUCCAACUAAUUUUGACUCCCUUCCUGCUCAUGAAUGUUGGUAAGAAAUAGAUUAUUACUUUCAAGUAAUUGUUCAUAAUACGAAAGCUUCUUAUGUCUUCUGGGUAUGCUAUUUCUGCAAAUAUUUCCCUUGAAGUGUUUCCUGUUUGUUCUGUGUUGCCAUUAGUCAGGGUGGUGACAGUCUUGUUUCAGUGCCCCGUUAGAGAGUAAAUGUACUUCCCACGUGGGAAAAAAGUGAUACUGCAGAUGAUUAUUUCCAUCGGUGCCAGAAAUACUUACGCACUUGGCUGCCCUCAUGAAAGUGAAUUCAAAGGGAACAAAUGACUCACCAAAACGUACAGGUUGGAGGCAAUAACUUUCUAAACCAAAUCUGCUAGCCUUUUCUGAAUAUCCGCAGAGAUGACACAGUUUACCUGGUCUGUGCUUUGAGUUGUGACAGAUGGGGGAAGGGUGAAUCUCAUGUAUCCUUCCAGUCAUUACAGCAGCACAAGGAAGUUACUGUAAUAUUAAUUUCUACAAACUUUUCCAGAGGUAUGAUACUCAGAAAAUCUACUGUGAGGUUGCAGUUUAGUCUGCAGACAUAAGCCUGUUUCACAGAACACAAAUUUUUUAAAAAUCUUGUCCCAUGAAUAUGAGGUACAUAAUAUUUAAAUCAUGUGGUUUUAUCUACAAUUUGUCACGCAGAACGUGCACGAAUCUCUAUGGUAUGCCCAACUGGACCUAAGUAAUUCUCAAAAACGUACAUUAAAAGCAAGUUUCUAUUCCUUGAUGUUUUAUAAUCAAUCUUAUAUAAAUAAUACAAGCCUCAAAAUUUGUCUAAAAAGGAUCCUUCUACUGUAACUUUUGAAAGUUAAAAAAAAAUUACUUAUCAUUUUGAAAUGCUUUGUUUCAAAACUCAGCCCACUCCAGUGUCUCUCACUGCAGCUACAAUGGUAAAUUUAUAACAAAAUAGUAGAGAUGGCGUUCAGCAGCACCAGGCAACGUUCCCCAUAAACAAGGUGCAGUUUGUCUGUAGUGAGAUGAACGGUUUGACUUUCUCAGCCUAAGCUAUCCUUCUCAAAAAGAACCCUAUGAUUCCCUGAAGAUGUAUAGAAGUAUAUAAAAUCUUAAUAAGAAAACCUAAGCUUUUCAGGUCCACUGUAUCUAACUUCAUACAAUUUAAGUAGCUCCUCUGAGAUUAGUGGGAUCAUCCAUGAAUAAAUUACUAAUAAACAUUUGCAGUUUAUUUGCUAGCACUUGGCUAGCAACAGUACAAAAGAUAAUAUCAAAAUAUGGACAAAGUAGCAAUAGCCCAUGUCUAUCCAUCCCUAGCGCGAUAUUGUAACUUGUCUUUCUAGACGGAGUAUUUAGAAGCAGGUACUAGACACUAGAAGACAGGUAAGCACAAAUAUGUCUCUAAUGUAUAUCUAGAAGAGACAGUGAAUUAAAUAUUUUUCAAUAUUUAUCAAUUUGUUCAGUAAAGAUAAGUUGUUCAUGUAAGCUGCAUUUCGUAUCUAUUUCUCAUUUUUAAUUCUUCGGGACAGCAACCUGCCUCUUCUAGUUGUAAUAGACAGAUAUAUACUCUUAAUGCAUUUUGAGAAGGUGAAUAGUUCCUCUUUUUUCAUGGUGUAUUUUUUUCUUUUAUCUGGUUUUUAUAAAGAGUUGCAUAGUAUCUCAGCACAACAAAUUUCUUGAUAAAAACAUAUUUUUUUGAGCUGUUACAAAAGUUCAUUUUGCUGAUAACGUUCUGAAAUUAAGAAAAAAGGUUUUGCCUACCUGAGUACAGACGAGUUCACCUCCUCUUAAGCUCAUCUGAAAUAAUUAGCUCCUUACUUUGGGCUAAUAAGGUACAUUUCAUAAAAAUGCAACUUCAUCUCAUCUGGAAGCUGCUUCACAUGGAUUACGGGCCAAUCUGAAAUGGUAUGAACAAUUUUAAGAGCAUUGCAGUUAUACUUUACAUGUCAAGAAAUAACUUUCCAAGUUUCCUAUUAGAAAAGAGAAGGAAAGAACUGAAAUGAAAUGUUGAAGGUAGUUAAAAAACCCAGUAACUUCUGAAGUCAAUGACAAUGUAAUGAUUAUUGUCAUUAGGUAUGAGACUGAGAGUUUGAUUCUAUCUUUGCCAAUAUAAGCAAAUGUGUACUAACAAAUAAGAUUACUGGUUUUAAGUGCAUUUUUACCUUGCCAUGAGAAAAGCAUUCCAUUUAAUCAUCUAAGCACAGAAGUUUGUAGACGUUCAAACCAUUACACUGAUAGCAAGUAAUGUGCAUAUUUUGAAUAAAUAGUGAU